UGUCCCGAGGCGCAUGUUUUCUUCACUCUCCAGCCGGGGGCGCUGCAGUGACGUGAUCUGCGGGGAAUGAGUGAGUGCCUGUCGGCGGGGAGGAGAUCACAGACUCGGGCUAUAGUAGGGUGUGGACGCUGGAAGAGUGUCGGUCCGGACUGUCCCAGUCAUUACCGUUGGUCCACUCCAGCUGAAAGCAGCCAAAUAAACAGUGCAGCGCAGACACCAGACACUUGCCCUGAGGCUGAGAAGAGACUGUCUCAACGCACGAUUCCCCUGGCUGGAUGUUCUGUCAGCCCUCGCCUGUCAUCUUCAGGGUACAGCUGCAUCAGACGCCUCUCCUAGGCGUCUCCCAGAUUCCGGUAGUGUGAGAGGAGAGAGAUGGAUGACAUCUUCACUCAGUGCCGUGAAGGCAACGCUGUAGCUGUCCGCCUCUGGUUGGACAACACAGAAAAUGACCUAAACCAGGGGGAUGACCACGGGUUCAGUCCGUUGCACUGGGCGUGCCGUGAGGGUCGUUCGGGCGUCGUGGAUAUGCUCAUCAUGAGAGGGGCGCGCAUCAAUGUCAUGAACCGCGGCGACGACACACCCCUGCACCUGGCUGCCAGCCACGGGCACCGUGACAUUCUGGCCAAGCUGAUCCAGUGUAAAGCAGAUACCAAUGCGGCAAACGAGCACGGCAACACCCCUCUCCAUUAUGCUUGCUUCUGGGCCCAUGACCUUGUAGCUGAGGAUCUGGUCAAUAAUGGUGCUCAGGUGAGCAUCUGCAACAAAUAUGGAGAAACUCCACUGGACAAGGCCAAACCACCGCUUGCUGCAAAUCUGAGAGAGCUGGCGGAGAAACAGGGACAGAGCCUGACCAAAGUUCCUUUCAAGGACACUUUCUGGAAGGGAACCACUCGAACUCGACCACGUAAUGGCACACUAAACAAAACCGCUGGCAUAGAUUAUAAGCAGCUCUCCAUGCUGGCCAAGAUCAACGAGAAUCACUCUGGGGAGCUGUGGCAGGGCCGCUGGCAGGGCACAGAGAUUGUGGUCAAGAUGCUUCAUGUGCGGGACUGGACUACUAGAAAGAGCCGUGACUUCAAUGAGGAGUAUCCUAAACUAAGAAUCUUCUCCCACCCAAACGUGUUGCCUGUGUUGGGGGCGUGUCAGGCUCCUCCCGCCCCUCAUCCAGUCAUAAUUACACACUGGAUGCCCUAUGGCUCCCUCUACAAUGUGCUUCACGAGGGGACCAACUUUGUUGUGGAUCAGACGCAGGCAGUAAAGUUUGCCCUGGAUAUAGCGUGUGGAAUGGCUUUCCUGCACACACUGGAGCCGAUGAUUCCUCGGCAUUAUCUCAACAGCAAGAGUGUCAUGAUUGAUGAGGACAUGACGGCCAGGAUAAGCAUGGCAGAUGUGAAGUUCUCCUUCCAGUGUCCCGGCAGGAUGUACUCUCCCGCAUGGGUGGCACCUGAAGCCCUGCAGAAGAAGCCAGAGGAGAUUAACCGUCGCUCUGCGGACAUGUGGAGCUUCGCCGUGUUGCUCUGGGAGCUCGUCACCAGAGAGGUGCCAUUCGCUGACCUCUCAAACAUGGAGAUCGGCAUGAAGGUGGCACUAGAGGGACUCCGGCCCACCAUCCCGCCAGGCAUCUCCCCCCACAUCUGCAAGCUAAUGAAGAUCUGCAUGAACGAGGACCCCGCCAAGAGGCCCAAAUUUGACAUGAUCGUGCCCAUCCUAGAGAAGAUGCAAGACAAAUGAAACAGCACUGCUGGACGACCCUGCAAACACUGAGUUCACAGUAUUGCCUUAAACUUCACCACUCACCAAAGUGCUCUAUGCCACUGUAGCCCUCUGCUAAAGAAAAAAAACGCUUUGUGAAAGCGCUGUUGAACAUUUUUAAAAGCCACGUUCUCACAGUCUCCUAUAUUCUUACGAGCAAUCAUUGAAUAAUGACGUGCGUGUUUGUGCAUAUAUAUGUUCAUUGGUCCUUUUCGUGUUUUCUGGAUGCUCCCCUCAAAACAUUUUUUCUAUAGCCAUUAAACAAGAAGUGGCGGCAACAGUCUUUGGACGCAGUGAAUGUACAGUAAAAUCAGUUUUCAACUAACCACUUCCACAUCUUCUGCAUAUUUUUGUGCACUUGCUCCAUUUUUGUCAUCUUCACCCCUUCAAAAGGACACCACCAAACAUUUCAGCUCAAAGUCAGUAUAAUUUGCAAACGUUUAUGCAUCAGCCGCUAUUAGUAUUUAAAGCAUCGUGCCAUUUUCUUUCAACUAUGCGUUUUCCUCAGAUUGUCCUCAUAACAAAAGUCCUAUAGUCCAAGUUUGAUUUUUUUUUUUUUUUUUUUUUUUUUAAAGCAGUGCAAUAAUGCAAUAGCUAAUGCCAAUUUUAUGCCUUAUCAUGUAACAAAAACCAAACAAUGAAGUGCCCAUAAUAUCACGAUUGUGUUGUCCCUCUCAUAGCAGGGAGAUACAUAUUCUAAAAACCUGUUAUGUUAAAUUAAGGUACCAUAUGCUCAAAGGAAGAGCCAUUUACACACGUCACAUCAAAUGUGAGAUCUUUUGUGUCACGGAUGACAUGCAUCAUGGGUCAUGUCUUCAAUUCUUGCUCCCAUAAACUUACAUAUUUACUUGAUCCAUACAAAUGCAUGAUUGCUGCAUCCUCUGUUAUGUAACUAACACGCCUCCAGCUCCUGUAAUCUAAUUUACAUUGUACAUGUUAAGCAUGUUACGUGCUGAAAUGUCUGAGAGAUUUUUAUACUGUAUACAUAUGUUUUUUUUUUUUUCAUGGGUGAUAAGCUAGACUGCCCAUGAGUGCCUUUAUUUUUUUUGCUUUUCUAAACACUACAUCUAUUUACUUCCUUAUUUUGCUUUCACAGUGUUCCUCUUAUCAGCUUGCCAGUAUGUAAUAGGAAACCCAAGAGAAGAAAACAAGCAUACUUGACAUGCAUUUUUUUUUUUUUUAUGUUUUGAAAAGCAAACAGUUGUGAUCAUGAAAAACAGACUAUCUAACUUAUGCUCACUGUUUUCUCUCCCUGUGAGGUUUUUAAUUAAAGUUAAUUCUUUAUUUUGGAGAUUUGGGCUGUUUAUAUUUUAUUCAUGAUAACUAAAGUUUACUAAAAGAAAAUACGAACAAAUAAAAUGUUUUGGCCAUGCUAA